AUGCACAACUCCUUCCACAGCGACCGUCUGCCUCUCCUCCAAUCGCCCAAAGAUGAGGUUAUCGUCGAUACGAGAGAAAUGGCAAUGGAAUGGCCGUGCGCGGCGUGUGCCACGUUUCUCGGCAUCGCCCACCUUUUCUUGGGCCUAGGGCUUCUGUCAUUCGACGUGGCGACGAAUGAAACGUCCGAGACGGCUUUUGCCUCGACCGCCGCGUUGGCCUACAUCAUCUGCGCGAUUCUGUCGUUUAUUGCGGCCAGACGUCUCGACCGUUGUGCCCAGCUGCUCCUGUUCGCCUUCGCCGCCUUCUCAGCCCUCACCUCCCUGUCGAUCUUCCUAGAAGCAGCAGUGGUCUUGAACCGCCUUUGCGCCCACGGCUGCGACCAGAAGGAAAACUUUGUGCACACGACGCUGAUUUGUAUAGCGUUGACGGAAUUUGUCGUCAGCGCCAUCUCGAUGAUCGUCUGCUACCGGUCGUUGCGCAACGCGUUCGGGCUCAACACGGUCGCGUCGCCUUACAGCACGCUGAUCGUCGGCGACUACACGACCCUCGAGCGACAGCCCCGGCCACUACGCGACCAGCGAGCCAAAAGCUUGUUA